AUGUCUUCACCCUCAGCAAGCUCCUCAGCUGCCGGGAAGCGCAAACGUCCGACUACCGCCAGCUCCACGACCGCGACCACGACUCAGAUGGAUGAGAACCAGCUGCUCCAGCCCUCCUCACGGGACGCCUCCGGCGAGGAAGGCGACACCACUGCCCCGGAGUCCGGGCGGUUGGCCCACCGCAAGCAGCCUGCCGACCCCACCAGCAACAUCUCCUCGAACCCUUCCAAGAGAUUGAGGUCGAACGCCAAUCCCGAGUCGGCGGAUCAGACCGUGGACCCAGGCGAACCGAGCGACACCACAGAGGCCAGUAUCGAUAUCGCUGACCGCGUCACCAGGAAGAGCAGCAAGAAGCACGCUGCCUUCAAGGACGACCUGGGCGAUGGAAAGCAGGACGAGUCUAUGGCACCGCCGCCGAUUGGCAAGUUGACACACCCUGUGGGCUACAGGACCAACGACCCGCCCACUGGGCGGCCGAUCAGAGUAUACGCAGAUGGUGUCUUCGAUCUGUUCCACUUGGGACAUAUGCGUCAAUUGGAACAGGCCAAGAAGGCCUUCCCAGAUGUCUAUCUGUUGGUCGGUGUCACUGGCGACGAGGAAACACAUCGACGCAAGGGUCUCACAGUGCUGUCCGGCAAGGAGCGUGCUGAGACCGUCAGGCAUUGUAAAUGGGUUGACGAAGUCGUUGAGAGCUGCCCUUGGAUCGUGACCCCGGAAUUUCUCGAGGAGCACAAAAUCGACUACGUUGCGCACGACGAUCUCCCAUACGGUGCUGACGAAGGUGACGAUAUCUACAAGCCCAUCAAGGAGGCUGGCAAGUUCUUGGUCACCCAGCGAACCGAGGGUGUCAGCACGACAGGUAUCAUCACAAAGAUUGUACGUGAUUAUGAGCAAUACAUUGCUCGCCAGUUCAAGCGUGGUACCUCUCGCCAAGAGCUCAACGUCAGUUGGCUCAAAAAGAAUGAGUUGGACCUCAAGAGACAUGUUCAAGACCUGCGUGAGAAUAUUCGGACCAACUGGACCAGCACCGGCCAAGAACUCAGCAAGGAGCUGCGUCAGUACUGGCCAGCCAGCAGACCUCAGAGCCCUGCCCCAAGUCUUCUUGCCAUCGCCAACGCCGGUGCCAAGUCGCCCACAACCCCUGGCCAGGGUCCAAAUGAGUUCAUCAGCGGUUACACCUUGGGACUGAUUGGAGGUGUUAGAUCUUGGAUGACCAAGAACCGCAGGACGGUGCAAGACACGAGCCGUCCUCCCAGUGACGACGAGUCGGAAGGGAGCGAUGAGGUCGGACAGCAGCGUGGCAGAAAGCCAGCUGCGGCAGGUGCAAGUACAAGCGCGGCUUAG